ACAAAUAUUAAAGCAGAUUUUAGGGCUUACCGUGGCUAUCCUGCUUACCCAUGUGUUAGAGGUGGCAACAAAUGAUUUCCAAGAAACAAGCAUGGGUUUACAGUUUAGCUACAUAGAUGAACCACGGCAUCACAUAAGACAAAGACGAGCAGACCCAUUCACAGACUAUAUGGCUGAAAUUGAGAUACAUGCAUCAGACAUCUCUGUGAUCAAUGAGCUGAAGAUUUAUUUGAAUGAGCUUGUUCAAAAUCAUACUGUGUUUAACAAUGUGGUAUUGCUUAGUUCAAACUUCACAACAGGUAAAUAUCACAUAUUAUAACCUUUUGACUACAAAUACAAUAGUCAUGACUUUAUAGUGUAACAUUACAGAUGUGUAAAAAUUAACUUAUUUGUUGUUCCUUUCUUAGUUUGCAGCAUGUUACCAGGUACCACUAAUUACCAGUGCAAUUGUGAGAAUCAGUAUUUCUGGCCUUGUGACAACUGUAAAAAAUAUGGGAGUUGUGGCAGCAUCACAAACAACGAAUGCAGCUGCAUCAAUGCUUUACCAAAUAACGGAAAGUUCUGUCAGCCAAUCAGCGAGAUGACAAAUGCAACAGCAUGCCAGCAAACAGCGAUUACAAUGUCAGUGGAAAUUAACGAAAUCUUUGAUACCAGUCUCACCAACCGUGCAGAUGACAAUUACAAAACUAAAGCUCAACAAAUUGAGUCCACGAUUAACAAGGGUUUCAAAUCUCUGUCUAACUAUGUAAACGGUUCUGCAAAAGUCACUGGCUUCAGGUCUGGAAGUAUUAUAGCAGACUACACAAUUAAUUCAAUAUCCAACACCCCUGAUUUUACAUCAGCAAACAUAAAUGUUUCGGGCAUCCCUUUAGUUCAAAAUGCUUUUUCUUUAACUGAAGAAACAAUGCUCUUCAUCAGAACAGAUAAAAUAUAUCCUAAGCAAAGCGUAACACUUUACUGUCCACAAUCUGUAAUGGGACCGAUAAUGUGGAAAGUAAAUGAGAAAGAUCCCGACAGCACUAAAUACUCCAUAAGUCCAGACAAUAGCACUCUAAUUGUGAAAGGUGCUGAAAUCAGUCAUAGUGGCAGAUACUCCUGCAUCUUACAAACAAAUUCUUUACCUUACAUCCAGUGGCAAAAUAUUGUUAUUGAACAAGAACCCAGUAUCAUAGUGGGUGAUAAUGAACAAGUUUAUACCUGUGAAGACAAAACUGUUCAACUCACAUGCUGUGUUAAUGGAGACUACAGUGUUGAAUGGGUCCUGAAUGGCAUUGUGCAAAGUUCAGGGUCAGGUUGUAUCGCAGUAAAUCAUAAGAUCCAAAAGAUAAAUUGUAAGGAAGAUACCUAUACAUGUCAACUCAAGAAUUUACCGCAAUUACUUGAUUACAGUUACAGCAAGAGGAGUGUCACAGUAAAGACAAGCAAAGACGAUUUUUCAUGUACAAAUGAAACGUUUGAAUUUGGAAAAUUUAAUCAAAAAACUGAAAAGCCAUGCGAUGCAGGCAAGCAAGGAAGCAUAAUAUAUACAUGUGUACAAGGAGGAUGGGAGAAAACACAGGACAACUGUGUAGUCAGAGCUAUCAAAGAACUUAGAUCCAGAGCUCAGAUCUUGAUUGUUGAGGACAUUCCAGAAUUUUUGGAAGAGCUCAGUAAUGAAACAUAUAAAUAUAAAAAGGAUAUAGUAGAGUCUGCUGCGACUAUUCAAACAAUUGUGGAGAUUCUCACUAUAGUUGCUAACAUCUCACAAAACAUUACUAUCAAUAAGCCUGUGAUAGAGGAUUUUCUUAACAUAGUUGAGAUUAUUAUAUCAGAUGAAUCCAAAAACACAUGGACAGAAUUGAACAAUGGUGACAUGACAAAAAGAAAUGUCAGCACUAAUCUUCUGCAAGCUAUUGAGACUAUAAGCAGCCAUCUCUCAGAUGUGGACUUUUCUAUAACAAAACCAUCCAUUCAGUUAAUUAGAAAUAUAACUGAUGAUAACUCUACGAAUAUCGAUGUAAUAUCUUACCUGGAUAACUCAACUACAGGUACUGAAAUUCUGAUACCAAAUGUUCCUAAAUCAACCGCCAUAACCAUCAUCGUCUUCACAAAUCUUGACAAUGUUCUACCAACUCGAAAUACUUCUGAUAAUGACAAGACGACAUCAGAAAACAUCAUCAAUGGAGACGUGGUUGUUGUUCAGGUCAACCAUACAAUUCAUAACAUUUCAUUUACUUUCAAUAUUAAGAAUACAUCAUUGAAAAAUCCACAGAGUGUCUUUUGGAACUUUUCUCUGGACCGAUGGGAUUCCAAUGGAUGUGAAGUCAAGCGCUCAGGGAAUGAAACAGUAACAUAUGAAUGCAACCACACUACCUCUUUUUCAAUCCUAAUGUCACCGUUUGCAAUUGAUAACCUUGCCUUAGCCUAUAUAACAUACAUUGGUGUAGCUAUUUCAUUAGCCAGCUUAAUUCUGUGCCUCAUCAUUGAGGCGAUCGUAUGGAAGUCAGUGACACGAAAUGACACAGCGUACAUGCGUCACGUCUCAAUAGUCAACGUCGCUGUUUCGCUGCUGAUCGCAAACAUCUGUUUUAUCAUCGGAGCUGCAAUUGCAGACAAGGAGCAGCCGCCCUCAGUGGGUCACUGCAGUCCAGUAGUUUUCUUCAUGCACUUUUUUUACCUGGCUGUUUUUUUCUGGAUGUUCAUCACAGCACUUUUGCUCCUUUACCGCACCUUCAUGGUCUUUUCUCAGAUGUCAAAGACUAAUAUGAUGGUCAUUGCAUUCAUGGUUGGUUAUUGUGCACCUUUGCUCAUAGCGGUUAUUACAGUCGCAUCCACAGCUGGACCAGAAAACUAUAUUUCAAAAGAAAAUGCAUGUUGGCUGAACUGGGAUGAAUCUAAGGCCCUGCUGGCAUUUGUGAUUCCAGCUUUGACUAUUGUGGCCUUUAACCUCAUGGUUUUGAUUGUGGUUUUGUGUAAGAUGGUCAGAAGAGGAGUUGGUGCUUUAACUAAUUCAAAUGAGAAACACACUCUUGUGGUUAUUGCCCGAUGUGUGGCUAUUCUGACUCCUAUCUUUGGUCUUACAUGGGGAUUUGGCAUUGGAACCAUGGUGUCACGUGACUUUGGCCUUCAUGUGGUGUUUGCAAUCCUCAAUUCAUUUCAGGGAUUCUUUGUUUUGGUGUUUGGAUUACUUUUAGACAGCAAGGUCCGUGAGUCACUGGCAGGAAAGCUGUCAAUAAAGAACCUCAGUUCCAGUCCUACCAGGAGCACUAAUGCUGGAACAUCAUCUACAGGUGGACUGGGUAUCUUACGAUGGCUGCGUAGGAGAAAUGUAUACAACUUGUCUGAUCCAAGCCCGGCUACCUCUGCUAACAGCUCUACAUAACAUCUAUUAACUAAAACCAGCUGCCUUAUUUAAACACAUUUUGUCUGUUACAUACAGUUCAUAUGUAAACUCCACUUUCUUUUACUGUUUUGGGAAUUAAAUUUGUGUUCUGUA